AUGAUGCAUCUAUCGAGUGAAGUGAGUUCUACUACAAACGGGCUAGGGCACGAAGCGCCUUCCUCGAGCUACGGGAAUCCGUUAUCAAGUCAGCCCCUGACGGCUGAAUUACUUGCAGAGAGAACGUUGGAAGGCCUCCUUGCUGAUCAUCCGGGCGAGCUGGUUAAGACCGGUAGUCCACACGUGGUAUGUACAGUCCUGCCACCCCACUGGAGGUCUAACAAGACGCUACCCGUCGCAUUUAAAGUGGUCGCCCUCGGGGAUGUUGGGGACGGCACACUAGUCACAGUAAGAGCGGGCAACGACGAGAAUUGCUCCGCUGAACUAAGAAACUGUACAGCAGUGAUGAAGAACCAAGUCGCCAAGUUCAAUGAUCUGAGGUUCGUCGGAAGAAGUGGUAGAGGCAAAUCGUUUACCCUAACGAUAAUGCUGGCAACGUCACCCCCUCAAGUGGCAACGUAUCAGAAGGCGAUCAAGGUGACCGUGGAUGGACCAAGAGAACCGCGCUCAAAGACUCGUCAUCAUGGCUUCCAUCCUUUCCACUUUGGACCAAGAUUUGCCCCAGAUCCUCUUAUGGGAUCACUACCAUUUAAAUUAUCAGGUAUAGCCCAUCAAUUAGCAGGGCUGCCGGGCGGCGAGUGGGGCGCGCUCGCGCGUCACUACCCGCCGCCGUUACUGCCCUCACACGCGCAUUUCACGCCGCACGUGCUGCCGCCGGCACAUGCGCAGCAUCACACCGUACCACCGCCGACGCACGAAACUGAUUUAACAUCGGAUAACCAAACAACAAUGCACCCUCAUAGCACGACGAGCCCAGUUAACUCGAGGCCAAGUUCGCCACAAGAUGAUGACGAUAUAUCGGUGACCGCUUCAAGCAGUCCGCCUCCUGACGAUCGUCCAGGCGCUUUCACCUCAGUUACUAGGACUAGGAAACCUUUACAGCCGCUUCCAGCGCCUUCGAGUCUUUUCCACAGUGCUUUAGCGGCUCAACUCUUUCUCAAUUCUCCUCUUUUACCUACACCACCUGCCUGGCUUUACUCCCAAUUGUAUGGGGGAUAUGACUGGUGGCUCAGACCGCCACCUCCUCAAGAAGACUCAAGCUCUAGUCCCGAUAGAGAUAGAGAAGAAGCUGGUUCAACAGCUUCCAGUUCGACGAAGAAACGGCCCGCUUCACCAGAAUGGGCAGAUCAAGGAAUGAGAACUCGCAGCAAAUCCUUGAUAACUUCGGAACGAAGACCGGUUGAUGUAUGGCGCCCGUAU